CGUGUGUAGUACAGUACGUGGCAGAGGCAACGAGCGUUAUCCGUAUCAGCACAAAGGGAGGUGCUCGCUCAUCGGCUACCAGGCGAUAUGCAGAACAUGAUCAGCGCCUGCAAGCCGCAUCAGUCGCACCGGGCGGCCGCGCUCCUGCCGCCGCCGAGGCCGGUGCUGCCCGGACGGGCAGCGUUCCCCCGCCUACUACCAGCGAGGGAUGCGACGACCUCGCGGCUGGUGGUCAAGAGGAGGUGCCAGGGGGAGGACAAGCAGCAGCAGCAGGAGGAGCAAGAAGCGGCGGAGGGAAGCGGCGGCGCCGACGAGCAGGAGAAGAGGACCUUCCUGAGCCUGGAGGAGGCCGGGCUGGUGGAGAUGUCCGGCCUCAGCACGCACGAGCGCUUCCUCUGCCGCCUCACCAUAUCGUCUCUGAAUCUGCUGAGAGUGAUCUCGGAGCAGGAGGGCGUCCCGAUAGAGGAGCUCAACGCCGGCCGCGUCUGCGACUGGUUCAUCAAGGACAAGCUCAAGAGGGAGCAGAACCUCGGCACCGCCGUCCUGCAGUGGGACGACCCUGCCUUCUAGUUCCACCUGCAUCCCAGCACUGCAGGGCUAUGGCGGAAUAGAGUUUUUUUUUUUCAGGGCCUCUUCUGGAUGUUCAUGAUUAACGAAACGACUUGAGCUUUUGAGGAAAUGUUCACUUGUAUUCUGGUCCCUAAUCAUACCUGCUGUAUUCUCUAGUUGCAUCACCAUACCUGAAGCUGAAAAAAAAACCCUCCCAAUUGGAAAAACAA